AUGGCACAGUCAGCAAUUCAAAAAAAUUAAUAUUAAACUUAAAUAUAAACGACACAGUUCUAUCAAAAUCAUCUUAGAAGACAAACACAACAUUCAUAAAGCACACUCGAGGUUACACGAGGUUACACGUGUUUUAAUUUGCUGACAUGUUCAGGAAAUGUUUUCUCUGGAAUGACUCUACAAGAUAUCUACCAUUGAAAAUGGAGACAUUCGUCCAUAGAGUGAAAUGGAAUUCAUUAAAGGUAUAGAUUGACGCCAGGGUCUAUACUUAGUUUUAUUGUGGUGUCAAAUAACAUCACUGAUUAACAAUCCUUCAAAAUUAUAAUUUCAGUAUGUACAUGAUGAUAUGAAUUUGGAUAUCUACAUUCCCUAAACCAUAUAGAUGUUUGGGUAUAUCAGUGAAGAAAAAGUUUUACGACGGUUUUUUGUGUUUGUGUGUGUUUGGGGCUGCAGAUGAAAUAACAAGAUUCAUUUCUUUUACAAAAUGAAUACAAUUAUUAUAGCAAUGGUUAAUGUUGCGUCUAAGAUCCGCGUCUAAGAUUUGUGCGCGAAACACCAUACUUUAUAAGGCGUUAUUGCUGUUGAGGUUUGACGUCACAAUAUUUGUAUCAGUUGGAUUGAGAGGUUGGUGUAUUUUUCUCGUAUCUAAAACAUUUAAGUAACUUCUAAUUUUGAGAAUGUUAUAUCCCGUCGUUUAUUUCUCAUUUAUUAUGCACAGGGAUCUGUAUUUAUAAAUCAAUAGAAUUGAUGUGUAGCUUUAUAAAGUUUAUUUUGUUUUUCUACAUCAGAAUUCAAAAUGUAGAUAUUUUACUAUUUCAACAAUAUGCAACCUCGACAAAAGAACACAGAUCCACCUAGUAACGUAUCCUCGGACUAACAGUGAAUCAAUCAGCGUAUCAUAACUGGAGGAAGUUGUCUCGUCAGUAGCGGGAAAAUGCUGCCAGAAAUCAACAAAAGGAUUGAGACGAUUAUUUCUCAACGCCUUGUCACUUUGUCGUCUGAAGAUGAAGUCCUCUGGAUUACCAAAUUGUGGAGGGGCAAACGGAUCGAUUUGUUGCGCUGGAUACUUUUGGAAUAACCUUCUAAAGAACUGUAUACCGUGCGAUAUCGGGUUUCAUGGACCUAACUGCUCUAGGCCCUGUCCGUAUCCUGCAUUCGGGAAGGACUGUCAGUUUAUUUGUAACUGCAAGGUUCAUUAUUGUCAUCGUCAGCAUGGUUGUGGAGAAUGUGAAAAAGUUUGCGAAGCUGGUCUGUACGGAUGUAACUGUGAAAACCCUUGCCUAUAUCCAACCUAUGGAGAAGAAUGUCAAAAAAAUUGUGAAUGCGAACAGCAACUGUGUAAUGCGACAACGGGGUGUAAAGACAACAAUGGAACUAUAUUAGCAUCCACAUCAACUGUAAUAAAUAUCCAAGUUAAUGAGCACACGGUAGCUUUUGAACCUUCCACACUAAGAAGUACAGCUGGAUCAAAUGUUCCCAACCGGAAUGCAAGUUGUGAAAACGAAAACCAGGAUACAAAAAGAGGCAAACAAUCAAGGAGGGCAAAUAUUGAUGGACUUACUGCAGGUAUAAUUUGUCUAGCAGUAAUAGCUGGAUUGCUGAUACUGUUCAACGUAGGAACAUAUUUGUUGACAAUGAAACCCAGAAGCAGAACAAUAUUACAAAUCGAGUGAAACGUUUCGCGUGAACUUAUUUGCAUGUAUUAAACGCACUCAUAAUGCACAUUGCAGCUGAUAUCCAUCACUCUAAAGUUAUAUCGAUAAGUGUCGCAUGAUGUGAGGCAAUGUAUAAAUAUCCCAUCUUACAUCAACAAAAUUACUAUGCUGAUUGAAAAUAUAUUUGAUUUUAUA